CCCGGCGGGAGGAAACGAAGCGAGUCAGCCAAGAAACCCGUGAAAGCCCAAGUAGGGUGGGACCUAAGCGGCCCACCGCGCUCCCCAUUGGCCCGAGAGCCCGUUCUUCAAAAAGCGAAGCUUCGAAGGUUGCCUGGAUCCGCCUCCAGCUCCCCUUCUUGUGAGAUGAAAACUUUCUGGCAGCCUCAGUGGGUGGAGGGAAAUAAAAAAAAAUGCUCAAGAUGGCGGAAAAUUUAAAAGAGUGUACUGUUUGCUGCAAGUCAACUUGGUCCAAUCUCCAGGAUCUUUGUCGAUUGGAGAAGGUGUGUUGCCCUUCCUUGGGCAUUACUAAAAAAAACCUCAGUGAUUUUGAAGUAGAAUAUCUAUGUGAUUAUAAGAAAAUCCGGGAAGAAAAUUGUAAAAUGGUAGACUUACAGUUUGCUCUGUUAUUUUACUCAGGAUGAGGAAUUCUACCUGGUGAAGUGGCGGGGCUAUUCUGAUUCAGAGAAUACCUGGGAGCCCCGAAAGAAUUUGCGAUGUUUCAGUAUACUCAAGCAAUUCCACAGGGACCUAGAACAGGCAUUGAUCCGUCGUGGUAGCAAGCUCAAAAAGAAUAUGCGUUUACUUGAUCAAGGAAUUUCCAAUUAUUUGGUUCAGAAGGCCAAACAGAGGCGAGCUUUGCAGCAUUGGGAAUAUGAGCUUAAUGCCAAGCGCAACCACAAGGGACGAAUUGUGGUAGAAAAUGAAGUGGAUUUGGAUGGGCCUCCCCGGGACUUUGUCUACAUCAGUGAAUAUAAAGUUGGGGAUGGUAUCACUCUCAACCAGGUGGCUGUAGGCUGUGAAUGUUCAGACUGUCUGUCAGAAGCAGCAGGAGGAUGCUGUCCUGGUGCUUCACACCAUAAAUUUGCCUAUAAUGAAUUGGGCCAAGUAAAGAUCAAGGCUGGCAUGCCCAUCUAUGAGUGCAAUUCUCGCUGCAGCUGUGGUAUUGAUUGCCCAAACCGUGUAGUACAGAGGGGCAUUCGUUAUGACCUUUGCAUUUUCCGGACAGAUAAUGGACGUGGCUGGGGUGUACGUACAUUGGAGAAGAUUCGCAAGCACAGCUUUGUCAUGGAAUAUGUUGGAGAGAUUAUCACAUCAGAGGAAGCUGAGAGACGGGGUCAGAUCUAUGACCGACAGGGUGCCACUUAUCUGUUUGACUUGGACUACGUAGAAGAUGUAUACACAGUAGAUGCUGCCUAUUACGGCAACAUUUCACAUUUUGUUAAUCACAGUGUAAGUGCAAUAAUUAAUGAGGGAGCUUUGACCUCAAUAAUAUUCAGGGCAAGAUUUGUUUCACUUUUCACUCAACCUGGCAUUCUGUGCUUCCAGUGCAACCCCAAUCUACAGGUGUAUAAUGUUUUCAUUGAAAAUUUGGAUGAGCGACUGCCACGUAUUGCUUUCUUUGCUACUCGAGCUAUCAGAGUUGGGGAAGAGCUCACCUUUGACUAUAAUAUGCAAGUGGAUCCAGUAAAUGCAGAAAGCACAAGGAUGGACUCUAAUUUUGGCCUUGUGGGAAGUCUUGCUGGCUCACCGAAGAAGCGGAUGCGAAUUGAGUGUAAAUGUGGCACAGAAUCUUGUCGAAAAUAUCUUUUCUAGUUCUUUGCUAGUUUUUCUUGGAAAAUGCCUUGUAAAGCCUGGAUUGGAAGUCCAAGCUGGCUGUUGAAAGAUUGCAGACAGAGGCUAAGAGUCAGGAACUUACCUGCUUGAAGAACAAAUGAUAAAAGCUUAGAAAUGCAAGAGGGCAGUAACCCACAUUUCUUGUGCUAUAUAGCACUAACGUGGCUACUUCUGAUUGCCUGAUCAGAGUAUUCUUAUGGAAACAUGGGUGUGGGGCAGUCUCCUCAGUAGGUGGACAGGUUGCUUGACUUCAUCUUGCUGCCGAGAUGCUUGCUGAAAAAACUACAGCAUAGAACAGAACUCCUUUCAUAAAUCUGUGCUUAUCUUAUUUGAACCUCAAGUACAGCUUACUGUUUAAAACCUUAAAUACAAAGACAAGGAAGGAGCUAAUUUUUCAGGGUUUUUCCGAAGGACAAAAAUCUUAAUUUUCUGUAAGAAGCACUUCCUAGCCACCUUACUGAUAGGUGGGAAAUCAAAGCCGUUUUCUUCUCCCUGUGCACAGAUUUUGUAUUACCUCAGUGUGCCAUGACUGCUGUCCAUCUUUACAUAAUUGCUACUUGAAGUCGCACUUAAAACCCAUCAUGGAGUGAAGCUCUAUGCAAUUUGUAAAGCAACGUCGUCUUUUUUAAUUAAUGCAUUUAUUUUUAAAGAAAAUGUUUUAAUUUUUUUUAAUGGGUUGGGGCACAAACUAGCUUCUGGAGAUAGCUGUAUUUUGGAAAAUGUUACGAAGUUCUUGAAUUAUGACUGCUGAACUGAAUUAGUUGUCUGGAUUCUUUAUUUUGUGUUUUAUAAUUUACUGUUCCUUUAAAAAAAAUUCACUGCAGUAAUAAAUGUAAAGAGAAUAGGCUUUAGAAGCAGCUUUAGUCUAACAGAAAUGGGAGAAACAUGUAAUCAGAAUUGCAAAAUCAAAUCACUUGCUUUUGGGCUUUGGUUUUUAUAAACACAAAAGAUAAUAUUGUGGAGUAGGAACAUUUAUGUUUGGCACAAGAAAGUGAGGGUUUAAGUUAUUUUGUUUUAAUAAUAAAUUAGAAUAAUAUAAUUGGAAAUGAAUAUUUAAACCAUUGAGUCCAAGCCCCUGCUCAGUCCCAAAUCAAAAUGAAAGCAUCCCUGACAAAUAUCUAUCCAAUAUUUGCUUGCAUAUAUCCAAUCAAGGGGAGUCCCCCAUCUCUUAAGAUAAAAGUUUUCAUUUUUGAAUGCCCUUACCUUUAGGAAUUUUUUCUGACACUUCAACUGGAAAAUGUAUUCUGGUAAUUUUAGACCAAUUAUUUCAGGUCCUUUUUUUCUGGGACAACCAAGAACAGAUUAUGACCACUUAUUAGCACAGUCCAAAUAUCUUAAAGGGUAACAAUUAUAACCUUCUGUCACUUUUUGAAAAUGAAACAUUUAUUCAUUGUUUAUUAUCGCCAUGCAGAUCCAUUUCUACUGCCCUGAUUUUUAUAUCUUUUUGCACUUGUUCCAGUGUAUCUAAACCCUUUAAGUGUUGUGCACAGAAAAGGAUACAGAUCUGCACUAUUAUUUGUGAGAUCUGAAAAUUAUAUUCUACUGAAACAAUUUGAAAUGUUUCCUUUUUGCAAUUACAUUACUGAUUGAGAUCAAUUCCACUUUUAAGACAAUUUUUGCAUAUACUAAUGCUAUACCAAGAACUCCUCAUCCUGCUCUGGCAAAUUUGAGUUUUCUUAAAUAAAGGGUGUUUCUGUAUUAUCGAAUAUUAGCUCUCCCACCCAAUUUAAUAUCAUUUGUAAAUUUGGUGACUGUUCAGUCUAUCUCUUUGUUCAAAAUAAUUGUCAAAACAGUUGAUGUACUGGCUUAGGACUUAACCCUGCAGCCCUCACUUUGUACUUCACUUCUGGAUUAAUUUUAAGGACCCACUGUUAGCCUCCUUAAAUAUUAUACCUAGUUCAUAUUUAUCUAGCUUAAUAAUAAGAAUGUUAUGUGAUAGUUUAAACGUUUUACUGAAAUCAAGAUACAUGAAAUGUUCUCCAUUCCCCUAAAUUAAAACUGGAUUUAAAAAAACAAACACCCCAACCCAAAAUAAACUUAGUCUGGCAAGAUUUCUUGAAAAAUCUAUUCAGGCUUCUGCUGAUUACAUUAACAUUUAAAAUGCUGUUUUUGUUUUGAAGCCCAGUGAGUAAUAAAACUUCCUGCUUGAACCUGUUAGGAAGAAAAUAAUGAACAAAUAAAAUGGGAUGCUGAAAACUGUUCUUUUCCCCUGUAGAAGUUAGGGAAAAAUAAGGAUACUAGGUCUCAGUGUUCAUUAUAUCAAAGUAAAAGAUAUACAAAGAAAAACAUUUCAGGGAUGACCUCUUUUCAAAUGAGGGCCUGGAUUUAGCUGUUUAAGCAUCUCACCAACUGCAUUCCAAAAGAACAGCAAAAUGUGAGUACAUGUUAAUAAUUUUUAGAAAUACUAAAUAUUUGGAUGUAUUUUAUUAUUUGUAUGGGAAUACAAUCAUUUUAGUAGGUAAUCACAUUUUCCUUAUUGGGGACCAUACUUACUUUAAAAAAAUAUACCUUUGGGGAUGAUAGUAAUGCAGAAUUUUAAACUGGGAAAUGUUUCAAAUAGAUGCAUUAUAUCUAUAAGUUGUUCAAUAUAUUUUACAGCUUUAAUUCAUUAAAAGGAGAAAUGCUCAGAAAAAAACUGAUUUUCGUACUGCUAAAAUUCAAAAAUAGUUUUAGAAUUUGGAGACUAUAAGAAUUAAGUCAGGGCAGGCAUAUACCUGUUUGCCUUGGUUAAAGCAGCAUUAUACAUCUGCAUAAUCAUUAACAUACUUCUUUAGUAUAUCCAAGUUCACAGAAAAUAAUCCUUUUCAAAAACGAUUUGGCAGUAUUUAAAACAAAUACUGAAUUCUGUUAUCUUGAAGCAGUAUAUUAACAGUUGAUGCACAAAAAGAUAAUUAUGGAGUUGGGCAUGUCUAUUAAAGAGAUGUUAAAGGAAUGAAAUAUAUAGAAGGCUUUAAAUCUGCAAAAAAAUGCAAAACUAAUGCUAUGCAAAUUUUGAAUUUGAAAUGUUUUCAUACUUGAAAUAGCUAUUCGAUACUAUUCUGAUCAUUCUGCAAAAGUUCCAAUUUUGAAACUUCCAGGUUUCUGGAAUAUCGCUAAAGACUGUAAGGUUAGGAUUACUUGUUUAAAAUCUCAAACAUUUUACACACCUGUAAUCAGAAUUAAUAACAUUCUUUAUGGAAUAAAGUAACUUGAAUAGAGAUAGCCCCAUCUCAGAACUAAAAUCCGGAGAGGCAGGAUAUUUAGGGCUGAUGACUGUGUUUAUAUAAUUCUCUUUAUUCUAGAAUUGUGCAAUAUACUGAAAUAUAAAUUAAUCAAAUAGCCUGGUUCAGUUAAGUCAUGGCAACAUUAACCAAGGCUAACCAUAACCAACCUUAGCAUGUGUGAAUGCAAUCAUUAGAUUUUUAAUACACUGUGUUGUAGAAUUUGCUUCCACAAGAUGUGUAAGAGCUAUCAUUACCUUGAAAAGAAAUUGUGCUGUUGUCAAAGAUAAAUCACCUUUGGUUAUAUGCUAUCAGCAGACCUUAUGACAUAGUUCUUCUGAAUACAUCCUCUCCAGCAACUAAGGGCACCACUCAUUUCUUCUUGCGCUUGUUUUCCUGAUAUAUAUUAUGUACAUAGAAUGUUGUAACAGUCUGUUCCAUUGAGA